AUGACAGAAAUAGAUGAAAAAAUUGAUCAUUUUGAAGGUGAUUCCAACAGAACGAUGAGUCCUCGAUUAGAUCUGAAUAUGGGUCUGGUUUUUGAUACACCCAAACCACCACUUACUUCAUCUACAUUGGGUACAUCACCACAACAAGCUGAACCAGACAAACUCAAAGCUCACGAUGCUCAAAUAAGACUCAAACAGGAAUUGAUUGAAGAAAAACAGAGGCUAUUGAAAAUUAAAGCUGAUAAGUUGAACCGAAUUGAAACAUUACAAACCAGAGUUGAACAAUUGAGUAAACUACAACAAGAAUCCAACGUCAAAACUCAAUUGAAUGAAUUACUACAAAAGAGUCAAGUUGAAUUCUAUAAAAAUCUACGAACCAGAAAUCAAAAACAAGAAAAGUACAUGUUACAGCACCUAAAUGUAUUACCAUCACCCGAUUGGGAUUUACGACUAUCAUUAGCUAAACAAUUCAUUCCAUUUUUAGAUAUCGAUAAAUUGAAAACUUAUAAUGAAUACGUUGACGAUAAACUAGUUCGCGUGUUCCAAUUCACAAUCUUAUCACCACUCGUGCUCAACUUAACUUUGAAAUUGGAAAUUAAUACUUCGAAUGAUUCGGUAUAUCAAAUGUUGGUAAUGACAAAUUUGAAAACUUUGCGUAUGUUAUCAUCUUCAUUCACUACAGCAUUGAUUAAUGAUUAUAUACCAAAUGGGAAAAUUAAUUGUGUAAUGUAUGGAUUAAAUUCAUUGACGAAGUUGAUUCAGAAAAGGACCAGGAUUUGGCAUCAAUUGAUUGUCAAACAUAAAUCGUUAAUUGCCAGUGAUAGAUUAGUCAAUAUUCCUGACGAGGUCUCCGAUUAUAAGAAACUUUAUGCUAAUCUUAAACUGGUUGAGUCUAUUGAUCUAAUAAUCAAUAAUUACAAAGUAAGUUUGUAUUGGAGUAUCACCAACAAUGAUCAUCUCACUGGUUCUUGUCAAUCGGAUUUACAAUUGUACAUUACCCAAAACGGUACCACAACGUUGAAAAAUGCUGGUUCAUUAUUCACAUCGUUGGUUCCAAGAUAUGGAAUCAUCAAUUCAUUAGAAAUCAUCCUUUGUAAUGUAUUCAACUAUUAA